CAUGCCGUCAUCUUGAUGCAGCCAUGGAAUCUGCCGUAAGGUUAUCGGAGCCCGUGGUCAUUGUUCGCGAGCUUCGAAUCCCUGAAAUAGGGAGUACGGCUAUGUAUAUGACUCGUCGGGCUAUGCUUUGAGUCUUGGCUAGAACAAACAGAACGUUCGCCUGACGUGUUCAUUCGGUUGUGAUUUGCUCUUUGCUAGAUCUCCAGGUAUCGCCUGUGCAGCAUAGUUGUCGUCCACUCGCUGGCGUUAUAGUAGUUCCAAAUCUCUUCAACUGAGCCGAUUUUCCGUCUUCGCCAGUCGCCUUAGGUUUCGAUCUGGUUACCAGCAUAUGUCGCUUGCUGCUUCGCAAGCAGCCAACGGGUGCGACAAAAUUCGCCGAUGCGACUCCUGACGGUGCCAUCCACGCACAGCAGGUCGAGGGAAGGCAAAGGUGCGCCGUCAGAUUGCGGAUCUGAGGCACACGCACCGUCGAUCGACUCCCACUUCCACGCAUGCGCACUGGAAGUCGCCAAAACAGUUCUUUUUCGUCCUGGUAGCUAGUCUUAGCUCUUCCAUAAGCCAGCCCAUUCAAGAGUUUUCAUUCUGCGUUAGUUUGCUAACCUCCUCUGCCCCCCUAAUUUCUUGAGGGUUGAGCCGCCGUCACAACUACCAACCGGUCGCAAUUGUUACUGUAACGGCGUCUGUAACUGUAACAGAAACGCUAACUGUAGUUGAGUCUGAAUAGAACUCCAACGAUUCAACCCGCCUGAGCUUUCACCCAUCCUCGUUAUUGUCACAAUGGGGGCGGCGGAGUCUGUGCCGGUGUUGGGCGGGCACGAGGAUCUUCUAGAUCGGUUUGUGGGCCCCACAUCCAUCCCUGCGAACGACCCGUUCUGGGAGAGGCUGCUGUCGUUCGCGUACCCGCUGCCCAAGAUGAAACCCGCGGACUUCGACGAGGCGACGAGAGAAGCCUGCACCACGCUAGCGCUGAACAACCGGCAGACGUACCACUUCGGCAAGCUGCUGCUGCACAUGAUGCGCAGCCUGCAGCAGGUGCCCGCGAGCCCCGCGGAGAUGCCCCUGACGGCGAUCAACACGGUGUACUUCACACGGCUGUUCGUGAAGCACCUGGUGGAGUACUACGACAGCCGCGAGAUCUGGGAGCAUCUCAUCAUCCACCUAUCGCCCGAGGAGGCGGGCGCGUUCGGCAGGGAGGCAGGGCGGCAUGAUCUACUAGUGGAUACCGUAAGGUCACUCCUAUCGUUCGUUGCACACCAUGAUGUCAGCGCCACCAAGUACCUGCUGCAUCUGGAGGCCGUGAAUCUGCUCAUCGUCAUGAUGUCCACGCAGCUGCACGCCUCGCCCGCGGUCGCCUUCAACACGGACGCGCAUCUCUUUGUAGAGGCCGCUAUGAACCAGCACGACCUGGCAGUGCCGUUUGUGGCGCGCCUGCUGCACAUGUUUGUGGCGCGCAUGCCGGUGCCGCCCCGCGUGCCCUUCUACGUCGCGUCCCUCUCCACGCGCCAAGGCGUCCUGCGCCGCGUGGGCUCCGCUGCUGUAGCCGUCUUCCUCCUCCCUUACUACACCUACUCGUUCCUCGUUAGCUCUUCCUCCUCCUCUGCUGUGGCCAAGAGCCCGCUGGCGGAUAACGCGCUGCUGCUGCUGCUGGCGCUGACGCACUAUGGGCCGUCAGUGGGGAGUCGGGAGGCGUGGGAGGAAAUGCAGAAGGAAGGAGGGGAGAAGCAGGGGCAGGGGCAGGAGGGGGCGCAGGAGGAGGGAUUGAGGCAGGGGCAGGAGCAAGGGGAAGGCGGGCAGGGGCAAUUGGGCAAUGGGGGGAGUGGUGGGAAGGAUGCAGUGGAGGUUCAGGUGCAAGGGUUGGCAGGCGAUGCGAAGGCGUUAGAGCAACGACUGCAGGAUGGGUUGAACCUGCAAGAGGCACGGAUGGAUGGGAAAGGCGGGCAAGGGACGCCGCAGCAACAGCAGCAGCAGCAGCAGCAGGAGCAGGAGCAGCAGCAACAAGAGCAGCAGCAACAAGUGAGGAGACCGCGGUGGAAUCCGUACAAGUGGGCAAUCAACAGCGCUCGCGACGUGGACUUGGAGCCCAUCUUGAGUGCAGCAGAGACAGAAACAUCCGCAGCCGUGUAUGGCUCCCUGGCACCCGCCACUGCCGCCACUCCCACAGCCACUAGCACUAGAACAGGCACAAGCACAGGCACAAGCACAGGCACUGGAACGCUCACAGGCACGAGAGCAGACGCACAGGGAACCGAUGCGGAGCUAGCACAGGAGCAGCAGCAGCCUCUGCUGGCGCAGGGGCAAGCGCAGGGGCAGGCAGGGCAGGCAGGGCAAGAGCAGCAGGAGCAGGGGGGUGGGGAAGUGCAGGGAGUGGUGGGUCCGGGGGCAGGCAGUGAGCCAGUCGUACGGAUUGCAUUCGCGUCGUUGCAUGAUGCUCUGGGAUUGUGUUUGACUGAUGACCGCGCCACUCUGCUGCUCUACUCUCUUAUCCACGGCAACUCAGCCUUCCUAGACUACUGCCUCGUGCGCUCGGAUCUUGACACCCUGAUCAUGCCGCUACUGGAGAUGCUGUACAACGCGCCGCGGCGCACGUCCAACCAGAUGUACAUGCUGCUCAUCAUCCUGCUCAUCCUCUCGCAAGACGCCUCCUUCAACGCCAACGUCCAUAAACUCAUCCUGUCGUCUGUGCCAUGGUACCAGGAGCGCCUGCUCUCCCGCAUCUCCCUGGGCUCACUCAUGGUCAUCAUCCUCAUCCGCACCGUCAAGUACAACCUCUCCAAGCUUAGGGACAUCUAUCUGCACACCAACUGCCUCGCCACUCUAGCCAACAUGGCUCCCCACGCGCACCACCUCAACGCCUACGCAUCCCAGCGCCUCAUCAGCCUCUUCCACAUGCUUGCACGCAAGUACACAAAGCUAUCGACAGCAGCAGCGCACCCCAUGCCUGGCAAGGCAGACUCCCAACCUGGCACACAGGGGCAGCAGGCAGCAGAGCAGGAUGGCGAUGGUGCUGGGGAUGGGCAGCCCACGGAGCUGCACAUCUACACGGACUUCCUGCGCAUAGUGCUUGAGAUCAUCAACGCCAUCCUCACCUACGCGCUCCCUCGCAACCCCGAGGUGGUGUACGCGCUGCUGCAUCGGCAGGAGCUGUUUGUGCCCUUCCGCAACCACCCCCGCUUCUGCGAGUUGCUGCAAAACAUAUUCACGGUGAUCGACUUCUUCAACGUGCGCAUGGACGACUAUGACGUGGAUGGCGACUGGUCCGUGGAGAGAGUGCUGGACGUCGUCAUUGCCAAUGCACGCACGUGGAGGGGCGAGGGUAUGCAGAUGUUCACGGAGCUCAAGUUCACGUAUGAGGAGGAGAUGCACCCCGAGGAGUUCUUUGUGCCAUACGUGUGGACGCUGGUGGUGGCACACAGCGGCAUCCCCUGGAACCCCGACUGCAUCGCCAUGUUCCCCGUGCGCUCCUCCUCCUCCGCCGAGCACCUGGAGGACAUAUUUGAUGCGGAUGCGUUUGACACACACUCGGAAAUGGGGCCCACGCCCAGAGAGGAGGUUUGAAGGGUGGGGAGGAAGGGUGGUGCGGGGGUAGGGAGAAGGGAGAAGGGCCGUGGGGGAAAGGGCGGAGCACUAGUGGGGGCAGCGCGGAGGGCCACUGGGGGGAGGGUGGAGGUUAGGGUCAUUGGCAGAAAGGUGGAGCGCUAUGGGGGCAAGGGAGGAGGCCAAUCCGGGGAAAGGGAGGAGGAGGACCGUUGGUGGGUAGUGUGUGCCAGGGUUGUUGGAUGAAGCAGUGUGUUGUGUGUGUUGUGGACAAAUCGCUGUUUAAGGAGUAAGGAGGACAGCGAGGGACAAGAGGAGAUGGGAGGGAGGGGAGGGAGUGGGAGGAUAGUUGUGGUGAUCUUGGCGGUAGCACUUGGUUGUGGCUGUGGUUCUGGUUCUGGUGGUGGCAACUCUCUGUGUGUGCCUGGCAUAACUCAUUCUGGGAUGGUAGCACAGCACUCCUUGUGGCGGCACUUGGUUUUGUCUAAGGGGUUGUACUCUAUAAGAUUGCACCUAUCUAGCCUAUAAUAUACAU